AUGUCGCAGCAGCAGUGGACGCCAGAUCAGCGCCGUCAACAGAUCGCUGAGUUUCUGCGCAACAAGGGUCUCAUCUGCCGAGACUUUUUGUUAACGGGCCGUUGUUCCCGUACGCCAAUGUGCCCGUAUAUGCACGUGGCAAACGGGGAGACGCGGCCUGUUCCGUGGAGCGUCUGUACGUUCUUCACACAAGGCAAGUGCCUUCGUGAUGGCUGUAGCUUCUUUCACGGGGCGCAGUCUCAGCUACAGGAGCUGCACGCAUCCGGGGUGCCCGUUUACCGCCCGCAGGACUAUAUGAAGGUCGCGGUGCCCCCACCCGAAUACCUUAAUCCGGAUGGCAGUAUUGCAACGCACCUCUCCAUCGCCGAGGUAUCCAUGACGCCGGCGCUGCAUGUUGUUCACGGUCCCACAGUGUCCCAGGAAAACGUCGUCAACCCCUUUCACCCCUUCCUGCUCAUGCAGUCGAACUCUCAAGCUAUUGCACCGACAGUGUUCGCCUCUCAGAUUCGUACCCCGAACUCGACACCACAGCACUUCGCUUUCUACACCAAUACUCCUAUUGCAUCGUCAAUGCCUACCAACUCCACUGGCACUGUGCUCCAGCCGGCUCUACACGUUGUGCAACCAACAGCGUACUAUCAAGCCAUAAGCACGCCGCUUUCACAGACACAACAGCACUACGCACCUGCCCUGCAGCUCAACACAUCUCAGCAGCAGCAGUCCACUCAGCAACCGCUGGGCAGUCACGUCUACUUUCACAUCCAGCCCCAGUAG